AUGACUUUUGCCCUGCGGCAAACAAGAGCAAAAUGUGACCCUAGUCACGUGAUUCUCGUUGCCCUAUCAGAACUCAAGGUCACUGGUAAGACUAACCCCCUAUGGCUGAAGCAGUGCUAUCGGUGCAGCACCGAUUCGAAGCCAGCGAAUUCUUCUCCUACAAUUGCAACAGAAGCCUUUUUCAUAAAAAAUGACAGUUUGAACAGUGAAGCGGAUUUUUACCACUCUGAGGAAGUGUUGAAAGAAAAUAUCUUGUUCCUGGUUUUAAACGAAAAAUAUGACGAGAAAUUCCUUUCAUUUGAACUAUUGCGGAGACGUGAUCGAGUUUUCGCGGAAGCAUUGUUGCAGUGCAGUUGCUUAGAUGUGCACCUUGCAUUAGCAAAGCGAAAAAUCCAAAAUGUAAGAAGAGAAAACUCCAUUGAUGUUGAACAGUUUGAAUCAGUUACAAAUCCUGAAAAGGGCAAAGUAUUUGAAGUUUCACACUUCAUUGAUUCUAAAAAUGUGACGAGAAACUUGAGCAUCGAAUUGAAUUGGGUCGAACAAUAUGUUGGAACCAUUCAGCCAGACCAAGAGAAGAUGGCCAAUAAAGAAGAAAGUGAACGACAAGUCGAAAUUGAUCAAACAAGUUCGCAUUACGAUUAUGGAUGGGCCCGUGAAGAGGGUCUUGAUUUGUUGAGGAUUCUGGGUUCAAAUUUCGAAGAGAAGAUUAAUGGUGGAGUCGCAUACUGUGAGUGUAACUUUGAGGGAACUCAAAACGAAGAAGUGGCUUAUGCCAUAGCGAAAUUCGAGUGUCAAGUAGCCGGUUGGAAUGUAAUCGCCGAUCUAGUUAAGAAGUUGGUUACGCCUGAAUGAAUCGCCAAGUAGUUAAUUCCAAUUUGCAAGUUGUCAAAGUUCUUCUUGAAUGUCAAUUGCAUUGAAGGAGCCAGAGUGGUAGGAGACUGCGUUUCUUCUUCGUUCGACAAAACUGACAAAACCCAAGUUUCGAAAUCCAAACUGUGUGAUGUGCAAGCUUAUGUUGACAUGAUAGUGGUGUUGGAGACAAAUCGUGACACUGCGGACCCGGAGAAAAUAGUGAAGCGCAUCCCCAUCAAUUAGAAUAUGCAACGUAACAACCCCAUUUGUUUACUUACCGUGAACUACCGUCUAGCAAUCGGUAUUCUCAGUUUCGCAAUAUCCCUUCGACGAUCCGACAGCCGACCAGACAUCGUCAAAGAGUGUGGCCACUCUACGUCGUUGGUCCUGCUGUUGAUUACCCAACCUAUUAUGCACUGCCACAAUACGCUGAUCAAUUUCCUUAUACCGAACUGCAGCCGAUUGAUGGGCAGCUACUUGGAGAAGAGCAGCAAUCGGAAAACCCCUUGGCAGUGAGGGAUCAAGUCUACAACGAGCAGCCCAUUUCCAAAGGUGGAUUGCCGAUCGUGAGAGGACUCUUUGGGCCGUAUGCGGAUCAAGAAGAAGAAUUCAUCGAAUCCCGGUUAAAUCUCAGGAAAGAUCCUCGAUUCAUUGUAUCCAGUCUUUUCGGAUUUAAGUGGGGUGUUUUGCAACAAUUGCUGAGAGGGCCAACUGGUAUGAUUUUAAAAAAAUUUACGCCAAUCGUCUACGAUGAAGUUGUUCAACCUAAAGAUGUCCUCUUUGUCAACCUUUGUUUAC